AUGAUCCCGCUACGCAAGGCUGGCAGCCCGCGGUGGUUCUUCCCCUACGAGGUGUGGCCCGUGGCCUUCUCCGUGGCGGUCGCGGUCGGGCUCACGACGUUCCACCUCACGCGCAAGGCCAUCCAGGACCCGGACCUGUCGUGGAAGAACGAGAGGAUGAGGCGCGGCCUCAAGACGGAGCCCGCGGACGUGCAGGAGGGCCGGACAUACUUCGAGUCGCCCUUCCGCCGCUGGGCACGCUCGUACUCGCCCUCGCUGUUCCCGCAGACCAACAAGAUCAUGGGUACCGGCACCCCCUGA